GAGACAUUUCAAGGCCACACAGACGAAAUCACGUGCAUCGAUAUUUCCGCAGACAGCACGCUGCUGGUGUGCGGGACAUGGCGUGGUACUACAUGGAUAUGGAGCAUGGAAACUAACAAACUUGUGGUUGGUCCACUCAAGUUCAAAAACCGUGCAGAUUUCGAGGUGCCAGUGGGCGCAGUUCGAUUCUCGCAAGACUCAAAGAAGUUCGCAGUCAAGUCAAGUGUAGGGAAGUGCCUUGAGGUGUGGGAUGUCCAGGCACAGAAAUUGGAUCUCUCCGUAGGGGAAGGUCAUUAUUGCCAAGGGAUAUCGAUAUUUCCGCCACUAUUCUGGGCGACGAAAGACAGAACCAUCGUAACCUCAUUUAGCUUCACCGAUGGGCCGAAUGACGUUGACGAGCCCAAGAUGAUCUAUGAGUUCGAUCCGUCGACGCUCGAGACUGUCGGAGCCCCAUUUGAAGGGCACACCAGGUACAUUGAAAGUCUAGCGCUUUCAUUUGAUUGUGCUCUCCUCGCCAGCUCCUCCUCCUACGACCCCGCCAUCAAGCUCUGGGCCUUCGAGUCCCGCCAGCUCCUCGCCUGUCUUGACUUUCAUGAUCCCCAGACUCCCAACAACCUUAUAUUCUCACCCAACUUACACCAACUGGCUUACACCGCCUGGGUUUGA